ACGGGCGCCGCGAUGGCCGAGGGCAGCGCCGUGUCUGACCCGCAGCACGCCGCGCGCCUGCUGCGAGCGCUCAGCUCUUUCCGCGAGGAGUCCCGCUUCUGCGACGCGCACCUGGUCCUCGACGGGGAGGAGAUCCCGGUGCAGAAGAACAUCCUGGCGGCCGCCAGCCCCUACAUCAGGACAAAGUUAAACUAUAAUCCUCCAAAAGAUGAUGGAUCAACCUAUAAGAUUGAACUUGAAGGGAUAUCGGUAAUGGUUAUGAGAGAGAUCCUGGAUUACAUCUUCAGUGGGCAGAUCAGGCUGAACGAAGACACAAUCCAAGACGUCGUACAGGCUGCAGACCUGCUGCUGCUGACGGACCUUAAGACUCUGUGCUGUGAGUUCUUAGAAGGCUGCAUCGCUGCCGAGAACUGCAUUGGGAUCCGGGACUUUGCGCUGCAUUACUGCCUGCACCACGUCCACUACUUGGCCACAGAGUACCUGGAGACGCACUUCCGAGACGUCAGCAGCACCGAGGAGUUCCUGGAACUGAGCCCUCAGAAGCUUAAAGAAGUUAUUUCUCUCGAGAAGUUGAACGUUGGCAAUGAAAAAUACGUAUUUGAAGCCGUAAUCCGGUGGAUAGCACAUGACACAGAAAUAAGAAAGGUCCACAUGAAGGACGUGAUGUCAGCGCUCUGGGUGUCGGGGCUGGACUCCAGCUACUUGCGGGAACAGAUGCUGAACGAACCACUAGUUCGAGAAAUUGUCAAAGAGUGCAGCAACAUCCCCCUCAGCCAGCCGCAGCAAGGAGAGGCCAUGCUGGCCAACUUCAAGCCCCGGGGCUACUCGGAGUGCAUCGUGACCGUCGGCGGGGAGGAAAGAGUUUCCCGGAAACCGACGGCCGCGAUGCGGUGCAUGUGCCCUCUCUAUGACCCCAACAGGCAGCUGUGGAUCGAACUGGCGCCCUUGAGCAUGCCGAGGAUCAACCAUGGCGUCCUCUCCGCAGAAGGAUUUCUCUUUGUGUUUGGGGGCCAAGAUGAAAAUAAGCAGACACUGAGCUCGGGAGAAAAGUAUGAUCCGGAUGCAAACACAUGGACUGCGCUGCCGCCCAUGAAUGAGGCAAGGCAUAACUUUGGGAUUGUGGAGAUCGACGGAAUGCUGUACAUUUUAGGGGGGGAAGAUGGUGAAAAAGAGCUGAUUUCCAUGGAGUGUUACGAUAUUUAUUCUAAAACCUGGACAAAGCAACCGGAUUUGACCAUGGUUAGAAAGAUUGGCUGCUAUGCAGCUAUGAAGAAGAAAAUCUAUGCCAUGGGUGGAGGAUCAUAUGGAAAGCUCUUUGAAUCCGUGGAGUGUUACGACCCCAGGACCCAGCAGUGGACUGCUAUCUGCCCCCUGAAGGAGAGGAGAUUUGGAGCAGUGGCCUGUGGCGUCGCCAUGGAGCUGUACGUGUUCGGGGGAGUCAGAAGUCGCGAGGACAUCCAGGGUGGCGAGAUGGUCACCUGCAAGUCCGAGUUCUACCACGAUGAGUUCAAAAGGUGGAUCUAUCUUAACGACCAGAACCUGUGCAUCCCUGCCAGUUCCUCUUUUGUCUAUGGCGCUGUGCCUAUAGGCGCUAGUAUUUACGUUAUCGGAGAUCUUGACACAGGUACCAAUUACGACUACGUGCGUGAAUUUAAACGCAGCACAGGAACCUGGCACCACACGAAACCACUUCUUCCAUCCGACCUUCGCCGCACCGGGUGUGCAGCCUUACGUAUUGCAAAUUGCAAGCUCUUCCGCCUGCAGCUUCAGCAAGGCUUAUUCCGUAUCCGUGUCCAUUCGCCAUGAGGAGGAAGCGGAGCAGAACGCGAGAUCCUGCCCCGAGAGCACCAUGACAUAGCUUACGUAAGGGAGAACAAGAGAUGGCAGCUGAAACUCGCUGUGCGUGCUGGGUGUUGCUGUGGUACCUUUCUGGUGGUUUCGUAAUGCUUCCAAAGCUUGAGCCUCAGCUCCCGUUGGAGAGAACAGGAAGUGUGGAGAAACUGCCUGGGAGGAAUCUGUUCCUCCAAUUAGGUGUGCCGUAGGCAGUGGAGGCUAGCCGGGUGCAGAGGAGAAGCAAGCGGGAGCUGGUGUGAUGUAAAAUGUCCAAGUUCAGAUACUAAGGUGCGUUUCCCUGAAGGGAACCACAGCUGCCUGACUGCUGGGUUCAAGUGUGUGGUUUUGGUGAACAAACAACAAAUCCAUAUAUGCAAAUCAACAUAUCCAGACAUACCCAGAUUGCUUUUCUAUCGCACUGGGAAGGAUCUAUUAUGCCUAACCCUGCCCAACGAGUUAAGACUUGUGCCUCAAAUGUUAGAUUGGACAAUAAGUCAGGUAGUCUCCAUUUAUUACUAGUAUUACAACCUAAGAAUCUGUUAAAAGCUGUAUUAUGGUGAGACUAACAUUCUGUCUUAGUAAUGUAAAGAUGUGGUAAUUGAUGAGUCAGGUCGCAGCCCUCGCGUGAACCUGCAGGAGGUUGCUAGCCAAUGCGUUAGCGUUGAUGAAGAUGUGUCAUGCCAUUGUUUCCGGGGUAGUGCUUUCGGAAUCGUGAAGGAUCUCACGCAGCGCCACUCUUCCUUUCCAUUUGAUCAGAACCAUUUCUAAAAUAGGAGGAUAUUGGUGAGUGGGAGAGAGAAAGGCUUGAGUUGGACAAAUAGUAAAGUCUUCUGUGACUGUUAAAGAAAAAAAGCUGUCCAGACAAAAUAUAUAGGGAUCAAAAACUUUCUAAUCUAAUGUGUCUGAAAGCACACAAGUCUUGUUUACUACUGUUUGGAAUUUGAACACUUGUCUUAGGAUGCAGUUCUGUGUUCAGAGUUCAGUCUUUGGAGUAGAAUUUUCCCAGUGCUGUUUGCUGGUGAGAGUUACAGACAAAUUACAUUAUGAGUAAAGUUUGGCUGGUAGAAUAAACUACCUCAACUUAAUUUCAUUCUGUUCAUGUAGAACAAGUCGACCUGCUCCUCUUUUCCUCCUUCCCUGUCUGCCUCUCUCUCAGCCCGCCUCCCACCAGAGGGGGAGAAGUCCCCAGAAGCGGAAGUUGUCUUGCAAGAGUUUGUUUUCCAUUCAAAUUCCACAACCUGAGUGUGAAACCAGGGACCUCAAAGUGUUUGAUUACUUCAUAAUUUGAAUUUUAUGCAAUAUUGAAUUUCUAAUCAAUUUACUAUUGAGUACUUCAUUUUUAAUUGUUUUCUACGGCUUUGUUUUUCGUGGAGAAUGUGGCUAAAGGAGCAAAAUUUUGUCUUAACGAUGAAUAAGUGUAUAAAUGUAUUCUUUGGUUGUAAAUUUGAGAACAGGCAUUUCUCCUGGAGACGUCCUGUGUGGAGUGUUUGUGUGCUGUUAACGUGCACACGGUGUGUGGCUUCUGGUUUCCCAGCCGUGAGCCUAGAAGGGUGGCCCGUCUGCGACUGACUUCCGGAAGUCAGUCCACGGCUACGAAAGCUGCUGACAGAGGCCCUGUGCAGGGCGGUUCCAGAGCACGUCACGUGUGCCACCUUAGCUCUCCAUCUGUGCAGCAGGUACUUCGUAAAAGAAGAUCCGAAGUUUGCAUCUUGUAUACCAGAGUGGCCCAAUGGGCCACACAUUCCUGUCAUCCAAAUUUGCUAUUUGAAUCAGAGCCGGACAUAGUUUUGCUGUGUACCGGUCGGCUGUUGUCUGCACGUUUUCCCACUGACUCCUUGGAUGUGUUUUAAUUAGAACAAGCUCUGUGGCUACUGCAAAGACGCCUUUGUUUUUAUAGUUAGGUCUUAGUUCUAGAGGGAACAAAUUGCAGCAGAGGCGGACUUGCCCUGGUGGAUGGACCUGGACAGGGUAGUCCCUGGGCGUCAGAAGCUGCAGCUGGGGCACGUGGACGUCUGUCAGCACUCAAACUUAAAAUUCUUCCAGUCCAUGCCAGGCCUCUCCACGGAGAUAAAUGAUUAUUUAGGAGUGAGUGGGUUCCUACUGCAAUAUUAUCAGUGCCUGCUUGACUUGGUAAACCCAUUUUAUAAAACAUAGGUUUUUUUUUUUUUUUUUUUAAUUCAGUUCAAUGACACUGUAGCUUCAGAAAUUAGAUAAUGUUUUAUAAAAUAAAUUUGCCACAUAAUAUGGGAUGCAAUAACCAACAAAAGCUACUAAGUGCCAAACUGUUGUUUUACUAAAUAUAAAUAUAAAAAUACUAUGUUGAAGCAUAGGGUUGUAUUUAAUUUUCUUAUGUUGCAAAAUUAAUCAUGACCUUCUUUGUAUAUUACAUUUAUUUCAGUAUUGUGAAAUAAAUUGUAAUUCAUUUCAUGCAGGUUUGUGUUUUAACAUUCCACUUAUGCCUUGAAACACCUGUUGUUCCUGAUACUAAUUUCUCAGUUAAGCACUUUGACCAGAUGUGUCGGAAUUGGCAGCUGAGGGUAGGUCCUCAAAUGCUACAUACAAGUACCUGUGGGGAAGUGCAAUUUAUUUUCCUUGUCCCACCAAUAGAAGGAGAGUUGUCUUAGGUUAGAGUGAGCGGAUAUGUAAAGCGUCUCUCCCAGCCUACUAUCUUCAAUAGCUUUGUUUGUUUCUUUCUUUAACACAUCCAGAUUAUAAGUGUUUAACUUAAAAUGAAGUUUUUUGGUGUGUGUUUGGUAGUGCUUACACCCUGGGAGAAGAGAAAGCGUGAGAUGCGUGAGUGAGUGUGCGUGCGUGCGUGUGUUGUGCCGCAUGACUUCAGAAAUCUGUUUGUACGUGUUUACUUUUUAGUUGUGGUUCCCAACCACACGUGUCCCCGUCUCCUGGUGCUUCACGUCAGUUCUUGAGCCUGGGUAUCCUGCUUUCAGUUUGUUCUGCUGUGUUAACCCACGUAGUCACAUGGUUGCAGUUUGUGCUUUUACUUGAUGUUCGCUUUUCUCCUCUUCAGUAGGUUGUAAAACAGUGGACCCCAGCUAGCAGUGGUGUGCGGGAGAUACUUGGCCUGAGUAGUCGGUGUGUUUGUUGUCUGGUUCUGUAUGUGACUGCCGUGAGAAGCUGAUGCAUAGCACGCCUUCUCAGACUGUGCAGCACCACCAGAGAGCGUGCGGCUGUUCUGGUGCUGGUAGUGGAGUGUUCUCUUACGCUGCAGGCCACCUCAGAGGUGGUACUUUCUUCCCUGGUGGCUUGAAAGGGUCGUUUUUAUAUUCACAAGUGGAGAGUUUCCCCAGGCAAGGUAGAGGAAAUACAUGCUUUGUGUCGAUUUGGUGAAGGUAGGACUGUCUGCUGCGACGUGUGGGUACAAAGUUAGGUUCCUGGAAGAAGAGCUUAGCCGCCUUGGGCCUUAGGGCUCCUUUGGUACAUUCCUGCUGCAGGUGCCGAGCCAGGGACCCCCAGGAGUCUUCCCAGGAGUGCUGAAAACCCUGCACUGUGACCUUCAGAAUGUUGGCUUUGUUGAUUCAGAAGGCCUCCGGUGGACAGAUGGAGACAUUUGAUUCGCUGGGGAGAGAAAGAGGUGGCACUUUCUUUGUACCCACUUAAAGGUGCUGCAACCCUCAGACACCCUGCAGAAAGAAGGGAGAGGCGGCUUUUGUGGGGGCUGCCCCCGGAGCCUGGCCCAGCAGAGCAGAGCUGCCCUGGGGCAGUCAGCAAGUGUCUACCGAGCUCCCACUGGGAACUGGGCCUGUGUCUCUGGGAGCCUAACAAGGAGGCGGAUGUCAGACUGCCCUCCCCUCUGGCUUGUGCCCCGCUGCGGGAUGCAGGGAUACACCGAGACUCUGCCUGUCAUCAGCUCACCUCGUUCUUUCAUAAUAUGCAUUUUUCUGUGAGCCUUUUGAUGAUCCCUCAGAGUGCUCCUGUGGUCCGAGGGGUGGUUUUCCCUGGGUUAUGCUCCCUGAGAGUGACUAAUUUUGCUGGAUUUUUGAUGAGACACUUUGUACACAGGCAGGCUGGCCUCAUGUUAUGGAGUGGAAAGCCAGAAGAAAAAAAACAAAGCCAAGUGCCUGAUCCACUACGCACAACCCUGGGUCUCCACACGUUCUGUAGGAACAGAGACCCAACACUCCUGAUAACGUUUGUCAUGUUUAAUGUUGGAUUUUAUUGAACACUUUUUACAUGGGCUCCAGAAUGCAUUGCUCUGGUCCUCACAUAGCUGGAACAGGUGACACGCCCUCUGCACUGUCCGGCAGCAGUCUCGGAGGCCCAAGCAGGUGCAGCUCCAAGUCCUUGGGUACCAGUGCAUUUUUCAGCCUGUUAGCCUAUAAGUUGGUUUUGCUUGGCAUACAAGUAUUUUUAAUCAUAGAGUCAUGCUGUUGUAGUCAAGUUGUGCAGAUGUAAGCUGAAAUAUCUUUGUUCACCAGUUAGCUCCCAGAAAUUUAGGAGUUUAGGAAGGUCCUAAGAACAGAAGUAGGUGUUUGUGUUUAAAGGGAAGCGAUCAGAAGUGUGAUCUUGGCUGUCCUUUGCUAGCCUGGAAUCAGCAGGGAGGAGGAAGCUGGGUCUUCCAGUGCUGAAGAGAGUGUUUCCUGCCUCUUUAAUGAGCCCGGAGUGUUCUCCGCAGCUGGUGUAGGUGAGCGCAGACCCGUUUGCCCCGGAGUGUUCUCUGCAGCUGGUGUAGGUGCGCAGACCCAUUUGCCCGUAGGUGGCUCCCACUGUGCAGGCAGUCAGGUCUCAGUUCUCCAUCUACCAGGUCGACCAACAAGACUUUUUUUUUUUUUAAUUUUGUGUUUUUUUAGAAGUGACUCUCUGACUUUAAUUUUAAAUCUGUCUCAAGACUGUCUCCUUGUAGUAGUUCCAUUUGUGUGACCUAGGAGGAAUCCAGUUGGGGGCCUGCUUUCUUUGGCCUAAUCCACGUAGUUUAGCAGAGUUUGUUCUUCAGUUCUGUCACUGGACUCCCGGAGAUUGGAUUUUUCAACUCCUUCCCUUUCUCCUGAUACCAACAAAUAAAACUAAGUUGGUAAUUACUCAGUGAGAAACAUCUGUUACUUUCUCUUUUCCUUUUUAUUUAGAGAUAAAAACCAGUCUUUUAAAAUGGGUACUCACCUGAACUUUGACCUGAUUAUAAACUCUGGUAUUAGAGGCAGCAUGGGUGGGGAGGGAGGUGGAGCCUGCCUCAGGUCUUUCUUCUACCUGGGACCUUAUUGCUGUUUUUACUCAGGUGUAGUAAGGUGUACUUUAGGACCUGGAGUUACAUUCUUUCAAGUUCUACCGAUGACCUUGCUUCAAACACAACUAUACAUAGCUUGCUUUGUCACGUUUCCUGUUUAAUUGGAGGAGAGUUGCAUGCACUUAUUCCCCCGGUUCUUUGUGUUUAUAGGAAAACCUCUGUUCUCAGCUACCUCAUUAGGUAGUGUUGUGCUUGACCCCCUGCCAAGGUAGAGGAAUUCAACACCCUCUGUCCUUUAACAAAAGCCUGGAAGCCAGCAGCCAGGGCCUUGAGGAGCACAUUUCCCUUCCCCUGUUUUUAGAAUAGGCGCUUUCAAUCAGGAGGAACCGUGAUUCUCCUGGAGCUGCUGCGGAGUGAUUACUUGAACUUUAAAAAUAAGAGUCUCUGAAAGGCUCUGUUUUCUUAAUGCAGCAAUGCGGGGUAUUUCACCCCCACCUGUGUACACACAGGGGGCUUCGCUUCUGUCCUAGGGCCCAGCCGGGAAGUGGGUCUGCCUGUGGUGUGACCCAGUGGGGCACGCUCAGAUGCUUCCAUAGGUGCUGUUGUUUCCCAUGACUCUAAUUUUGAUGAAAAUAGCAGCUCAUGACUAAGCCCCUCCCCUCUUUUCUAAUAGCCCAAGGUUUCAAAUGAAAUUCUGAAAGUGUUUCCCAACACAGGAGCAAUCCGACAUGCUUUCCUAGUACAUGGUGCCUUGUCCACGCCCCCAGCGUCUGCCAGCUCGCCUGGUGCCAUCAGCACGUGCAUCACCGUGGACACACCCUCCUUCUCUCUGGGAGUUGUCUCUUGUAGAAAUGAUCCAGUUCAGGCCACGGGCAGGCAGGCUGUGGCCUUAUUAAAUAGAGCGCUGGGAUGGUCGCUGUGACCAGACAGGUGUGCCCAUUCCUGAAAGCCUCGCAUACUUGUAAUAAGUUAGGCGCCAGUAAAAUUUAACACCGAACUGUCCUCGUGCGUUCAUAAGAUUUGCUUUUUCUGCCUAUGCUUUUCAGAGUUAGGGCUUGCUCCUGACUCCUGUGGAAUGACAAGGUCCCUCCACAGGUGACCGUCUGUGAGUGCCCUGUUGAGGUAGCUGCAGGACAUGGACACUUCUUCUCCAUGGUUCCCAAGAGAACCUGGGCCUGUCCCUCUCACUUCAGCCCAGGCAUUGUUGAUUGUUCUGGACAGCGUCAGUGAGAUACCUUAUUCUUUGCCCAGCAAACCCAGGAGCUGAGUGCACACCGCAGUGUCAGGUGACUCUGGGGUGGAAGACACUUCUGCUCUUUGGCCCCAAAGCUCAACUCAGUCUUGUACCUGCCGGAGUAAGGCAGUGGGGCAUUUACCUGGGCAGAUGGUCAUGCAGGUUGACUGUAGCGAUGACCUUCAAACCUUGGGCUGGUACCUUGCACUCAUCAGUGGUGACUGUCACUGCUCCCGUCAGUUAUGCCAGCUCUUAGCACAGGAGGUACCCAAGCCAAGCACCCCUGGCCUCACUGCUCUCUUCAUUCCAGUGGCUGCUGCCGUGGGACAGCAAGGGAACGCCUGGACCCGUGCCGCCUCCCUCUGUGUCUCUGUGUCCUUAUCCAGGGUGACCUUAGGCAGCGGAAGCGCCCCGCCCCGUGUGUAGCUUGUGAUGAAUGGCCCUCUGUGGGGAAUUUGCCUAAUGAAGCCCUCAAGGGUACUCAAAACUCUCUGCUAAUGUGGAUUUCUUUUUUUUUUUUUUUUCUACUAAAAUAUCAAAGAGAGUAGUCUACAUUGUUCAAAUAAACUAGGGAUUUUCUAAGAUCUGUUUGAGGCCACUAGGCCGAAACUAUGUUUUCUUAAUGUGGAUAUAUUACAUAAAAUUAAAAAAAAAAACAAAAAAAACAAGCAGGCAGGUACGUGUGUGCAUAUGUGUGUGUGAGAGAGAACUUUUGUACCUUCAAAUAAAGGAGGCUAUUUGAUAAAGUGAUAACAAGAAGUGAUAACAAGAAGGGAGCACUUCGUGCUGCCCAGCUCCCACUCUGAGUCUGUGCUGUUGAUCUCAGUGAGACAUUUGGCUGAGUCCUUGUCGGUAUCUUUACGAAUAAGAAAAGAGGGUAACAGCUAGGUUGAAUAGUCAUGCCCAGGCCGUGCUGCAAAGAACAGACCCUCGUCAGCACAGAGUGAGGUAUCCACAAGUGUCCCUUUGAACAGUUAUGUCAGUGACCUGUAUGGAGACACAGAGCAGGUGCGUGAGAGAGGGGUGCUGGGUUGGGAGUUAGGAUCUCCAUUCUGGGUUCAGCAAUGACAGUGGCUGCUGAAAGUGGCAGGGGCCGCGGGUUGUGCGUGGUGCCAGCAGACCCAGCUGUCUAAGGUGGCCGCACUGGGCUGUCUAGGGGCGGCGUCUGGGAGGAGGUCUCUGCUCGUUGAUUGGCUGUGGAUGCUGCCGGACCGCUAGGGGAGGCUGCAGGCUACAGGGGGACCUUUGAAGGCCCUGGCCUGGCAGAAGCUGCAUGGGCAGACGUGUGUGCUCCAAGAGCUUCACCCGGGCCAGUGGGCAGAGCUGCGGAGGCAGGAGUCUGAUCUCCGUUCAGACAGAACUGCCUGUUGAUGCAGCAGAUGCCUCCUGUGUCCUGAGUGCCCAGCUCUGCACAGCCACCCAGGGAGGCUCUGCACGGCCAUGACUGCAGGACGGUGCCAGCCAGAGGACUGUGCCCUGUGGCAGGGGACCCAUGGGUUGGAGUCCCCAAAGCUCCUUGCAGACAGGAGAUUUUUGUGAACCAUUUCCUUAGGGACAAAUUGGUUGGUACUUGAAUUGUUCGGUGGUUUUUGAGAAGAGUCUGUUCAGUAUGCCUGCCCUCUCUCCACGUUCCUCCCGCCCACCCAGCCUCCUCUCUGCCCAUCACCACCCCAGUUUCUUGGCCACAGUCACGGCCACAGCCCCUUCACCUUCUGCACCUGGGCACUCUGAUUCUAGCGGAACUUCCAGAAAUGCUUUGCCAGAGGUUUUCCUCAAACUGUAUUGUCCACUGGAGCCGCGACCCUCGCCUUGCAUGCCUUCUGUUUUAAAUCCCUUCCCAAGUGGUUUGUCGCCGGGGCAGCACCCCGGCCAUCCGAGCAAGCUGCCCGUCUCCUCCAUCGCCUGCGUCACCCUCAUUCCUCACGACCUUCGGUCAGAAGCGCGUUGGUUUUCCUUUCUGUGCCCCUGCUCCGCAGUGACGGGCUGGGUGGCUCCCUGGGAGAGAACAGGUCCCUUCUGUGGCACUGAGGGACCUGCUGUGACACAGGGGCCUGCCCUGCAUGGGUUUUUGAGGCACUCUGAUGUCAGUCAUAUUCGCACGCACCCUGCCCCCUGCCCCUCCAUCCCACUCCUCGCCCAGCCUGGUUUCUGACAGCUUGAGUGAGCACUCAGAGGGGAGCAGGAUCGCUCUCCUGUUCCUGACCGGUGUUCUCACAGUGCCGCUGGGGAAACCAUUCAGCCUUUGUCUUACCAGGCCUGUCACCCAGCCCUUGGAGCUGCCCGGAGCAGGCCUCAGGGGUGGCCAGUGCACCCCAGCUCCCUGAGCAGCUGAAACUAGAACGGACCUCCCCUCCCCUGCACUGCCUCAGCGCCUUGGGCAGCAACGUGUGACCCUUUGUCCAGCGGGACGUGCCUGGGGCCCCUGGGGACGCCCUGGGCAGGCCCUGCGUGGAUUGUGUUCCGCACGUCCUGGGGUGCUGGGUAGAGCGAGCUUCUCUCUUAGCUCCUACCAAAAGCAGGCUCUAGGCUGCCGUCACCCAGGGACAGUGACAGAGAGGCCACCUGUGCGAGUGUUUGUCAGAAGACAAACCCCAGAAAAUGCAUUUAUCGUUACAUGUCAAUCUAGCGCCUGUUCUUUGAGUGGACGCUGACCCCUCUUCGUGAGGAAUCCCGUGGGCUCUGGCGCGGGCAGCGGGGGUGUGCUCCGCUCAGCUGCGGAACUCCAGUCACCUGGACACAGCAGCUGCCGAGGCAAGUCAGGGGCCCUUCCGUGAGAAGACGCAGGCUCCUGAGCACAGCUCGCCGUUGGCUCGGUAAUCCGGGGCCUUUUCCGCUCCUGGGGUUCUUUUGUGUGGACGUGCUGUGACCCGGCUCCUCCCUCCUGUACCCCUUCCAGUCACCAGGGAACUAGAGAUAGUCCUUUUGUUCCAUGCCAGCCAUGCCACUUGUGACCUGUGACAGAUGUGGGAAAGGGGCUGGCUUCAGUGGACGCAGCUUAAGUGAGGCCCCCACACGGGGGCGAGCCGCGGAUUGGACAGAGGUGUGCAGGCAGGCUUGGGCACAUGAGGUCACGGGGUCACGGGAACCAUAGUGCAUCGCAGGUAGGGGACGUAGUUUUGUUUUCUCCUGCUGGUGUAGGCCUCUGCCAGGAGAGAAGGCUCUCAAGGAAAUCACUACAAACAAGGUUGUGGACGCAAUUUGACUCCCAGCCAGGGCUGCUCUCUGCUCCCACUGGCUCAGCCUGUGUGGGGUGCGCACGGCACUUACAGGUGACUGGCACCCUGGCCAGGAACCGGUCCUGAGCACACUCUCCCUUUGGCACUUGGAUGCUUUGAGCACCAGAAGGAGAAUUCCGUACCAGCCUUCCUCCCGGUAAACGCGCACCUCUGUAGCUCACCUGCACCUUCCGACCCGGCUCCACGCAGAGUGGCAUGAACUCAAACCCUGCAGCCUUUAUGACCUAGAAACCCCAUGCCGAGGAAUCUGCCCCACUGUGGGUGCACAGGAGGCUUUAUUGGGUGUGGUCAAGUCAUCCUGUCUGUCCACAGCGCCCUGCUGCUAGAAAACAGGGAGGACACACAAGCUAAGCAGAGUUCAAAAUACCGGAAGUCGCGGAAGGAUGCAACUUGUGAAAUUACUCCCCAGACGCCGUAGGCUAGCAGAGAAAUUGUACUGACCUGGUGUCUCGCAUUCUGUGGUCCACAUGUAGCGGUGUGUUCUGUGGAGUAAUCUGUUCCUUUGCCGGUGUGAACUGUAGCCCAGUCAGAAGCCACUGUUAGUAAGUAACCUUCCUCACACACUUGCUUUCUGGUUCACAAGUAUACGGCCGCACAAAGGGUCUGUUACCUUCCCUAAACCCCGUGCACGCAUGUCGUCUACAUGCUUCAGUAGGUUGUGGGUAACCACAGGUCGAACCCUUCCCUUCCCUCUCCCCCGGCACAGCUCCUGUGCCCCGGGACCUGUGCCACUGUGCUGUUCUCUUGUACCAAGGAUCAGUGAAAGUGUUUUAUCUUUUUUAUGUAGUUUGUAUCGACUGGGUUUUAUAACUGUCAGAAAACAGAAACAGAGUGUUGUAUUUUGACCUGCAAUUUGUGUAUGGUAAAGUAAUUUUGUUUUAUGUAUUGGAAGUUCAUUUAAAACUUGAAAUAUUUUCUAGAAGGGUACCGAACAAAAUGAAUCGUCUUUAAGCUGUUUAAUUAACCCAAUAAAAUGAUUUGAUGGG